UCCUCUCUCUCUCUCUGCUCCCGUGUGUGUUUCUUGGGACUACGACCUACUAGCUGCUGCGCUGGUCUCCACUGCUCCCUGAACAGAGCAACGAAAGAACCGGUGCAGCAGGCAGGAGUCGUGAAAUGUAAGCAAGGAACACACUGAGCUGAAGCUGCAGAGAAGUUGUCGCGGAGAAGAGUUUGAGAGAGAGAGCCUCUUGUGUUUCACCAUGAAGUUCAUGAAGCUUGGCUCCAAGCCGGACGCCUUCCAGACCAACGGCAGCGGCUCCAGAUAUGUGCUGUCCCACCUUCCGUCAGAUAUCGUCAUCCAUGUCGAUGAAGCAAGGUUCUAUCUGCACAAGUUCCCUCUUCUUUCCAAGAGUAGCUUGUUACAGAGGAUGAUAAUUGAGGCCAGUCAGAACGGCACUGAUGAAGUUGUCAUACAAGACAUUCCUGGUGGAGUGAAAACCUUUGAAAUCUGCGCGAAGUUCUGCUAUGGCAUGGUUGUGACCCUCAAUGCAUACAGUGUUGUUGCUGCAAGGUGCGCAGCAGAGUACCUUGGGAUGACCGAGGAUGUCGAGAAGAGCAAUCUGAUAUUUAAGAUCGAAGUGUUCCUGAAUUCUGGUAUCUUCAGAAGCUGGAAGGACUCCAUCAUAGCGCUGCAGACCACUGAUGCAUUGUUACCAUGGUCUGAGGAGCUAAAGUUGGUUGGAAGAUGCAUAGAUUCUAUCGCUACCAAAGUUAUCGUUAACCCAUCAAAUGUAAUGUGGUCAUACACCUACAACCGGAAAUCUGCAUCCUCUGAUGAGAUAGUGGAAACUCGCAAAAGCUCGCAGGCGGUUCCGAAGGACUGGUGGGUUGAAGAUCUGUGUGAACUGGAUGUAGACCUUUACAGGCGUGCCAUGGUUGCGGUUAAGUCCAGAGGAAGGAUCCCUUCUGAUGCCGUUGUAGAAGCUCUCGAGGCUUAUGCUGCUAGAUGGCUUCCUGAAUGUUGUGACACGCUGGUCGACGAUGUUUACUCCACUUCAUACAAGCAUCUGCUUGAAACCAUCGUUUGGCUAUUGCCCUCGGACAAGGGAUCUUCGGGAUGUUCGUGCCGAUUCUUCCUGAAGCUACUGAAAGUCACUGUCCUGAUAGGAGCUGGAGAGCUCCUGAAGGAAGAAUUCAUGGACAGGAUUGUCUUGCAGCUACACAAGGCUUCAGCCAGUGAUCUUCUGAUCCCGUCCAAGCCGCCGGCUCAGACCACUUAUGAUGUUCAACUAGUCCAGACACUCGUCAGUAGGUACAUGAGGCGCGCCGGAGUAGCUGAAGAUGGAAUCUUUCUCAACAACCUUGAUCAAGAUAUGUUUGAGACGAAUGUGGAUGACGAAUCAUUACUAGCAUUAUGCAGGCUUGUUGACAGGUACUUAGCUGAGGUUGCCUCUGAUCCUAAUCUGUCAGUUUCAAGCUUUGUGGGGUUGGCAAUGUCCAUGCCUGAAUCAGCUAGACCAAGGCAUGAUGGAUUGUACACCGCCAUCGAUAUCUUUCUGAAGUUGCAUCCCAGCCUACCCAAGAUGGAUAAGAGGAAGAUCUCCAGCCUGAUGGACGUCAAGAAGCUCUCCAAGGGGGCAUGCAUCCACGCGGCGCAGAACGACCGCCUCCCGCUCCGCGUCGUGGUCCAGGUCCUCUUCUUCGAGCAGCUGGGUGCCGCGGGGGCCACGGCCGCGGGCGCGGCAGCCAACGGUGGCAGCGUGGCGCGGUGCAUGGCGCGCCUGGAGGACGACGACUGGAAGGAGGACCGCGCGCUCCCGGAGCCCCCGACCCCUGGUGCCCUGAAGAAGCAGCUGGGAAGCCUGAAGCUGGCUGACCAGGGCGACGACGACGGCGGCCGGCGGCUGGUGGCGAGGGGCAGCGCUGCCAACCAGAGCAGCAGACUGUCUCUGUCGUCGCGGUCGCGGAGGAUCUUCGACAAGCUGUGGAUCGGCGGCGGGAAGCUCCCCGGGGAGGUCGUCGGUAAGGGGUCGGACACGUCCGGCAGCUCACAGAGCCCGCGGUCGUCGGCGAAGCCGCUGGAGUCCAAGUCGUCCAGCUCGUCGUCGAAGAACCGGCGGUACUCGGUCUCGUAGACCGGCCGGCCGGCCGGCGGCAGAGGCUGUACAGAGGGAAGGAGGAGCCUGGUCCGUCGUGAACGAUGAGCUGCUGCUAACUUUUCAGAGCUCGUGUCUGUGCUGUAGUCGUCUCGUUUCUGAAGAAUCAGACUUGCUUGGGGCAUGCAGCUAGAAAUCUUUUCUCACUCCAACUGCUCGGAUCUCGGGAUAAUCCCAUGUUUUCUGUAACAGACUUAACAGCUAUAAUGCUUGACUCGGUGAUCUGAGCAAUCCUUUUGGUGGUUCUGUUGCAGUUUAAGUAGGGAUUUUCACUCGUCAGGCUAAUGAUCAAGCUGGACGAUA